AAUGUCGUCGCUUUCCGUAAUGUGUGAAGCUGCAUGCUGCUUGGUUAUUUAUUUAAAUUUUGGGAUAUUCUAUUAAUUUCACAAUGGAAAAGGCUGAAAUUUUGCUUGCGCUCGGUGCCUUUACGGCGGGAAUCACUCUUGGUCACUACCUUUUUCGUGGAAACCAUCUCUUUGGGGAAAAGCCCAACAGAAACGAGGACGAGGACCAUUUUGCAGAGAGAGGCAGCAAGAAGAAGUGUCAAAUUGCUGACUCGACUGAGAAAUCUGAGCUAGAGGUUGCAGAGGCAGUUUUCUUUCCUGAUGAGGGAUUUCUGUGCGACGAUUUCUUCUACAACCCCAAAGGCUGCCAGAAGAAAGAUGAUGAAUGUAAAUUCUUACACAAACCCACAGAGUUAUGGAAAAUGUGCAUGUAUCUUCGAAAAGCCAAAAAGUCCAUUGAUGUUUGUGUUUUCUCCCUUGGCAACUACCAGCUUGUGCAAAGUUUGUUGCACGCUUUGGAGAAAGGCAUAUCCGUGAGACUAAUAAUUGACCACAGCAUGAUGGAUUCAGCUGAAAAGCAACUUAUGAAGCUUGGUCCUAAAGGUGCACUCAUCCAAGCAGCCAAGUCCAACUUCCUGAUGCACAACAAGUUUGUUGUGAUUGACAAGCAAAUCGCCAUGACCGGUUCGUUGAACUGGACAAUGCAAGGUACAAAUGGAAACUACGAAAAUGUCGCGAUAUUUGGCAACAAGAACCUGGUGCGUCAAUACGCGGAGAAAUUUGAAGAGUUGUGGGUGGCCUUUUACGAUUUAAAUAUGCCCGAUCACCCUACGGUCAACUGCCCUGAGAACCGGUUUAAUCCACUGAAGAAGGCCGCUUGGGAGGGGAUUAUCGUCGGGUUUGAGCCACAUGAGGCACCAGCAGCAGUCGAUAAUUACAAUAGUUGCGGGAACAGGAUGCCAGAGCCGAGACGUAGGAGGUGCUGAAGGCGUGUGGUCAAUAUUGAUGCGCCUCUAUCGCGGCAUAGUAGAAGAUGGCCACGUUUUGCCUGCUCAUGCAGCGUCAGGGUAUAAACCCUGGAGAAGCGAAAUUUUUUGAAUAGAUAAUUUUGAUGCAAGACAUAAAUUAUGUUCAUUAAGUCCUUAUUUUUAAUAAGUAUACAAGUAGGUUAGGGAUGCACUUUUCCUUUGCUGAAAAGGACUAGAGCGCGGUUUGACCUCAAUUACGCACAUAUAAAUAUAGAAUGUAGCUGUGCGUUCUAGUGUUUAUAGUUAAAAAGUAGAUUUCUGCAAGCAAGGGGCCGACUCAUGUUAUUGUUAGCCUCACCACCGCAGGACUUUCCUUGUAAUAGUAUCCGCGAUGUGACUAAUCGGCAGCAGUAAUGAAUCAAUAAUCAGCAAUGCCAUUUUCAUCUUGUGUACUGUUUAGCAUAUAGAUUCAUUAUUUCAAAACAGAAGCUACCUUGCUAAAAAUAUUCCAUCAACAAGCCCUGCACAUUCUAAUUUAUGAGUUUCUUUAAAAAUUUAGAAUAGUUUAAUUUGGUUGGCAAGAAACGGAAACGGUAUAAUAUAAUCAUCGUAUUCUAUAAAUAAUAAGUUGUUGAUUAAAUACGAAAUAACGCAGUGCAGGAUACUGAGCGAUGUCAAAUCCAAAUGAUAUAAAUGAGAAACUGAGUAUCGACACAGCAGUUGUUUCCGCAAAUAAUGAUUCCACGGAACGCUCAUUUUCGUCGCAAGUUUUGCAACCACCGUCAAAAUUAAAAGAGAAGUUUUGUUUCUGGUAUAUGAGCUGUCGCAUUUACUUUCAAUAAAAUUUAACAUAAUAAAAUAAUCCAAUAUACGGUUACAGUUCUAUUUUUACUUUUCGCUUGUUACUAUCCGCAUUGAAGUUGUAUGAGCUGUCCAGUUAGUUCGUUCAAACCCUUCUCUCCUCUAGUAGCAAAAAGUGCACACUUCCAUUACCCGCCCAAGCUCCUCAUGAAUAAAUUCCGCGCGUGCUGUGUUUGGAUAGCAUCUCGUAGCUAUAGCGGCUGCGUGGCGUACGCUCCUACGGCAAUGGAGAGAUCAAUACGAGAGCAAGUAGUGCGCAGUGUGCGUGCGUGCUGGAAAUAAGCAUGUGGUGAACUAUAAUUUCUCAAUUUCCAUUUUUGAAAGUCAAAAUCGACUUGGAAAUCGCGCGCACGUUGUUUUCAAGCGAGUUCAUUACCUCAGUCACGUAGUCCGCAUCAAACAAAACACGCGCCAAGGAGACUGGGACUAUAAUACUAUAGCGCGGAUGCAGUCUGCAAAUAAUGAGCACAAGGCAAAGGCAAUGAGCUCCAAGCCGCAAAAACGAAUCUGAUGCUCUCGAUAAGUGGUUUUUGUCCCUUGUCGACCUUUUCGCGUUUCAUUUUUUAGCUUAAGCUGUAAAUAAAUGCUGCAUAGCUUGAAAAAAAAUAAAUUUCUCCAGAAAAUUAAGAAUAAUAGCUUGCAAAUUAAACGCUCAAGUUUCCCUGAUAGUCAGGCAUAAUUAAAAAUGUUUUAAUUUCCAUCCUUGCCACGUGAGCUAGCGUUUCCUUGCUCCAUAUUUCGCAAAAGCGCAAAAUCGAUGGGAAAGUGUCGGUGUGUCUCGCAACGAAAAACGUAUCGCACACAAUAAUAAUAUAGGUCUGCUAGGAACGGAGCGCAGCGAAAUAUAUUGUGCGGUGAAGAAAACGCUCGCUCGGCCUCGAAUAAUGCGCGUCUGCUGGGCGAGUCGAGGUAAGACUUUUGCCUGUUGUUUUCCCCAGCGGCGAGAGGCUGGUCGUGACGUCACCCGAUCACGCCCUUAGUCAUCU